AAAAGAUGGCGGUUGGGGAUGGAGGAGUUGACGAAGCUGUUGAACAGCUGAUUAAUACUGCUUCUGCCUUAGGGAGUACCACUAUUGACCUCAGCAAUAAAAGAUUAACACAAUUUCCUGCAGAAGUACUUAAUCUACAUCAAUUAGAGUUCUUGUAUUUAGAGGGAAAUGCAAUCAGCUCCUUGCCAGAAGAGUUGUUUGAUUGCCUGCCAUACUUGAGAUGGCUCGAUUUGAGGAACAACCGGAUAACGGAUAUUCCUCCCAUAAUUGGAAAACACAGAAAUUUGAGAAAUUUACUAUUGGAAGGAAACACCAUAGAAUCACUACCACUAGAGCUAGGCUUAGUAAAGAGUUUAUCAGGACUCAACAUUUCUAGCAAUCCACUUGAAUUUCCUCCAGCAUUUAUUGUGGAAAAAGGAACUCAGGAAGUACUCAAGUUUCUCAGAGAACAGUACAUGUUACAACUACAAGAAAGAGGUGCAGUCCUUGUAGAAGAGCACCCAGAAUCCUCUUCAAGUGAGGAGUUGCUAUUUGCUACAACACGAGAUGGUGAAAUCACAAGGGAAAGAGAGUACGUGGAUCAAGUUGAAAACGAGAGAAACAUAAAAACGGAUAGAACUUUCAAGCUUCCGCCGAUCAUCCAAGCGGCGGCAGCGAGACCGAAAAACCGCUCGGUUGACGAGUCGGAAGAAAACUUGCUUAGAGGACAAAAAGCUCGGAAAUUUGAACAGGAAAAACCAACGCGAAUUUUUGAGCAAAAGUCCCCAGUGAGGACGGUGAAGCCCGAAGCAAGAUCACCGAGGAAAGAUGUUUCUUUUUAUGGUCCAGAGAAGAAGGACGGGAAAGUUCAGUUGAAACCAUUGGAGGGAAAACGGCGAAAGGGUGAAAAAUCAGAUAACUACUUGGAAAAUUCGAACAGUAGUUUAGAAUUGGACAACAAUUUAUACAUUGUGGAUAGCCAUGGCAAUGGAAGAAGAGAGAAACGCGAGAAAGUUAAAACGAAAAGAUUGCCGAAGCCUGAAAACCCUCAGAAAAGGUUGCCUGUAGUGGGGAGCUCUGUUAGUCACAGCGAUGCAGAUGUGUCGACUUCGCAUCAAGACUCAAGCAAUGUGAAAGAAACUGCCACUUUGGAGCUCCAGAAAAAUCAACUAACUGUAGAUGAAAAAGCUUCUAAAGAAACUAAAAAACCUAAACAUCCCGAAUAUUCAGGUGCUCAUGGAUUAUAUAGCAAAGGGUCAAAGCCAUUGUCUGUAUUCGAAGGGGACAUGGUUGCUGUCAGAGUGCCAGAAAAGCUAUACAUUAAGGGACAGCCCUGUCUGGGCAAAGUAACAUCAUUAGCAGACCACCAGGGAUUGCUCACGGUACACUAUUUCACGGGUAAUUAUGGAGGCCGGUGGAGACCGAUGAUGAGCAGAACAAGCCCGUAUCUGAGGAAGGUGGCUGCCGAUAAUGUUCUAUGCAAGUUUAAAUUGACUACUGAUGGCCGUAUGUCGCCUAUCACGCAGAAGAAGUUGAGAACUAUUGUUGAUGAUCAAAGAAAUGAAAACAGUGACCCCAACUGAGGCAGAGUUCUGGAAAUGAUCUACCCAGGAACCGAAAAGUUUAUAGGAAAGGAUACAGUGCAACUAGACUCGGAACAACUUCAGCUCGUAGGAGGAGAAAAUCAACGUUCCUAGCCCUUUUUAAUUUUAUUUGACAUGUAUCUUGAGACUAGCAAUUAUUUAAAAUAUCUACUAUGCUUUUGGAUACUAAUAUUACUCUCUAACUUUUAUUUGCGCUCCUAAAAAGGGAUUUUUUUCCGACAACAAGUCGGAAAAUUCGGUAGCGAGCCGAGUAAAAUAAGGUAUUAACAUUAACAAGAAAGGUAUUUUCACUCUCUCUAGUCAUUUAGGAUUUUUUUGUCUUGAUCAUGAAUGUCUCUCAGAUGUUAACUUUUUUAGAGCUUUGUUUCCUAUAAUAGAUUAACAGCAUCCUUAGAGAAGAUGAAAAUUAUGUGAAACGUUAAAUAGAUAUGAAUUGAGAUUAGUAAUCAUUUAGAAUAUCGACAAUGCUUUUAGGAUACUCAAUAACUCCUCUGGGUAGGAUUUUUGCCCCACGAAAAGGGAUUUUUUUGUUUUAUUUUCUCGACAACAAGUCGUAAAAUUCAAUAGCGACCAGAGGAAAAUAAGGUAUCGAAAUUAAUAAAAAAAAGGUAUUUUCACGUCCUCUAGAUACUUAGGGACUUUUAUUUUAACCAUAAAUGUCUCAAAUGAUAACCUUAUAGCUUUGUUUCCAGUGAUAGAUUAAUAGUAUCUCUGGAGCAUAAUAAAAUGAUGCAUAACAAUUAGUACUAAACAUGACAAAAGUUGAAAAUUAAGGAAGAGCUACAUUUCUCUAAUAAUUGUUUCAGUUAUCAUGCAUAGCGCCCACAGCUUUACAUACCUUAAAUCAAUAAUACAUAUAUAUUUUUAUAAUGAUAAACUCAAAGUAUACCUUUAUAUCAAAAUGUAUAGUCAUUAGUCUUUGAAAAAAGCGUGUAAUUAAAGCUUUUAUCGCUAGAUGUAUAUGUAGUAGUAUUUUGAUAGAGAAUAAUGCUAACUUUAGUGAACUUCAUAAUUAUAUCACGGUGUGCUUGAUUGGCACAGUGUCUGUUUUUGUUCAGCUAAACGUGCAUUUCUGAAUGUGAAGUCACUGUACACGACAGGGAAUUUAAAAGAAGAGUUGAUUU